AUGAUGUGGGUUUACUGUCCAAUGGCACUCAUGUUUCUCACAUACGUCUGGGGUUGCAACUCAGACGCGGCACUUGUCUGCUUUUCGCCGAAUGCCUACAACGACGCUUCUCAAAAACCGAUUUUAGUGCAGUUUCCACCGAAAAAUGCGGACUGCUACGUUAAUUACCCCACUGUGGAGGCGAACAUAGGGUUUGGAGACAUGGGUAAAAAUGCUCCAUGGCGCGCACGAUGCUGUUUGACAGCUCAGUUGGCUAAACUGAAGCAUCUCCCUUCAUACGAUUCAACCAAACCCUUCUAUAUCCCUAAGCACUGGCUCACUUAUGGCCGGACGCUUUUAGAUCCGCCAAGCCAGGGUGUGGGCUCCCCACCACCAGUCUGUUUUUAA